UGUCUGGCCUGGACGUCGCAGCAAAUGUGGAGAUGGAUGCGGAGAAAUCUGGGGUUAAGUCGCCAGAGACCGGCAACAUGCCUCGGUUCGGUCGAGAGAUGACGACGACCAGAUGUGGAUGCCUGAGCCGUGUGCCGUUUCACGCCUCUACGAAGGCUAUCUUGGUACUGCAUUAUAGCCAUCAUGCCGCCUUCUGUGAAGACACGAUUACGCGCUCCUGUUCCUCCUCCAGAACCCCCUUCGACUAUCUAUCGUCGCACCCGCAACUCCACCAUCAUCGACCUUGAAAGCGCCACCUCUAACCAUGUCUGAUACUGUCAAGAUUGAUCACGAAAUGACCGAGCACAAUGGCAUGCCAAUCGCAGGCAACGGUUCGCCAUUGAGCCGUCAGGUCACUGUAGCUCUGUCUCCCGAACAGUAUGAGCGCCUCUUUUUCCAGCCAUCUGCUCCACGCCGUGGAGAUCUCGCGAAACGGUUCGCCAACCCAACAUUGCUCGGUCUCAUUGGCUUUUUGGUUCCAUAUACUUCAACCAUCUUGAUUCUCUGCGGCUUCCAAGGAGCAGUUGCUCCACAAAGCUUGGUCGGUCUCAGCGCCGACUACUAUUUCUUCGGUGCCUUAGCCAUGAAUGUCGCUGGCAUCGCUGAGUUUAUUCUCGGCAACACGUUUCCUAUGGCAGUUUUUCUCAUAUACGGAAGUCAUUGGGGUAGUCUGGCGUACCAGCAGGAUCCCAUACAUCAAACCACUUCUGCAUUCGGAGAAUUGGGAGGCGCGAAUGGUGCAGCCUAUAACGCAUCCCAGGGCUUCCACAACGUCUCAAUGGUACUCGCUAGCUUUGUCUUCUUGAUAGGAACGCUUCGUGUCAACCUCUUCUUUACCGCCACAUUCUUUGGUCUCGUCAUGCUCUUCGCUUUUAUCGCCGCCGCCGAUUUUUCCGUCGCAUCAGCCACAACAGAAGCCGAUGUUGAACACAUCAACACGUUGCUGAAAUGCGCAGGAGGUUUUGGCUUUCUGGGCUUAAUAUCUGGCUGGUACCUUGCAAUUCUUACCGCUUGCGAAGCCGUGGGAAUUCCAUGCCCACUUCCUGUGUUCGACUUGAGCAGCAAAGUCUUCCCAAAUAAUAAGCCCCAGGAAGGCUAAAGCAGCUAAGCACCGGUCGCAAUGCUUUCAACCGUUGGUAUCCAUGCGGGAACGAGCUGUGCCGCUGUUAGCUACCCGCUGUUACGCUACUUAGGCGUUGUGGUUACAAUAAAACAGUCGCUUAAAGUCAACCGAGGCACUACGGGUGAUGCAAUAUGACAUGCGCAUCGUGUUUUGUUGGACCCGGUGGCUGAAUAUCGCCUAUUCUCACGGGUCGAUCGUGGAGCA